ACUCAGGGCACACACCGCCCUCUACUGCGGUCCAUUGCUUUAAAGCUGAUCCAGAGUCAGCCGCAGAUUAAUCUCCGCUAGAAGCUCCCGCAGCCGAACAGGAGUGCAGUUAUUCAGACACAGAGUGCAGGCAGGAGCCGGUGAAGCGCCCGGAGCUCUCAGCGCGGACUGUGCCAUGUUUCUGUGACCUCGGGAUUUUUGAAGCCGCACCUGCAGCUGAUGGUCCACCGUGAAGCAGCAUGAACGGAUACGAACCUCCAGCUCUCGCCUCGGGCGUCUUCGGCUCCUACAGCUCGCCCAUCAACGGCCAUGAUGCUCCAUCUCCAGAGCCUGCAACGCACAAAGCCAAGACCAGUGCCAAAGCUCUUUACGAACAAAGGAAACAUUACACCAAAACCAGCAUCAACAGCCUGACAGACACAUCGCAGUAUCACGUGGAGCACCUGACCACGUUUGUGCUGGACCGCAAAGACGGGAUGAUCACGGUGGAUGACGGCAUCAGACGCCUCCGUCUGCUCGAUGCUAAAGGGAAGGUGUGGACACAGGAGAUGCUGCUGCAGGUGGAGGAGAAGAUGGUGAGCCUCAUCGACUUGGGAACAAAGAACGAGCUGGAGAACUUCCAGAUUGGCUCGAUCCAGCACUGCCAGGCCGUGAUGAACGCCUGCAGCUACGACUCCAUCCUGGCUCUGAUCUGCAAAGAGCCGGGUCAGGUCAAACCCGACCUCCACCUGUUCCAGUGCGACGAAAUCAAAGCGAAUCUGAUCCAAGCUGACAUAGAAAGUGCCAUGAUGGAUGCCAAAGGAAGCAAAGUGAAAAAACGGCCGGAGACCCUGAAGAUGAUCCUGAAGAGUGAUGGCAUUAUCCCUCCUCCCCCUUCCGCUCCUGCCCCCCAGCCGCCACCGUCACCUGAUCUGGUGGACGUAAAGAGUCGUGCAGCAGCCUGGUCGGCAUGGACCAAUGAGCAGUAUGAGGCAGACGAUAGACGGCUGUCGCAGGACAAUGGGCCGGUGGAGAUGACGGCAGCUCGCGUAGAUCGCGAUGUGCAAAUCCUGAACCACAUCCUGGACGACAUUGAGUUUUUCGUCACCAAACUUCAGAAGGCUGCCGAGGCCUUCGGUGAGCUCUCCAAGAGGAAGAAGAACAAGAAGGGCAAGAAGAAAAGCCCCGGAGAGGGCGUCCUGACACUGCGCUCCAAACCUCCGAGCGAAGACGAGUUUGUCGACUGUCUGCAGAAGUUCAAGCAUGCCUUCAACCAGCUGGGGAAGCUGAAGGACCACAUCCAGAACCCGAGCGCUGUGGAGCUGGUCCACUUCCUGUUCACGCCACUAAAGAUGGUGAUCCAGGCUUCGGGCAGCGUUGAUCUGGCUCGUAGCGUUGUUGUUCCUCUGCUGACCAGAGACGCCAUCGACUUCCUUCAUGCCUCAGGGACGGCGGAGGAGAGACACUUGUGGGUUGCCCUGGGAGACGGAUGGACAAAGAGCAGGCUGGAGUGGCCGAAGGACCACUACUUCCCGCCGUGUGUUCUGAGGUUUCGUGAUGGUUGGGAACCACCUGCGUUGCCGGCGACAACCCCGAGUCGUGAGCAGGAGCUCGCUCAGCUUGCCGAAAGCCUCGCCAACGCCAACCUGCAGAGACCGGAGGACCCAAGGCCGUGGGUGGCUCAGGAGGUGGCGCUGCAGAGGUUCCCCCCUGUUGACGGGUAUGCCUUCACCAACACCUCCUACAAACGCAUGCAGAUCCUGGAUCAGGACACGGCCGUGGCUGCUUUCAAACACGCCGCCAGCCGCCGUGUAGACCGAGGCUUCGACGCUGAUGGCAGAGGGCAGCCCAAAAUGUUUGCCAAAUCGAAGUACGACUUUGUGGGGAGGAACAACACAGAGCUGUCGGUGCUUAAAGACGAGGUGGUCGAGGUGCUGGACGACAGAAAGCAGUGGUGGAAGGUUCGUAACGGCUGCGGUGCGACGGGCUACGUGCCAAACAACAUCCUGGAGAUCACCAAAGCGGUGGACAUGACCAGCCGAGGAGAGCCCAUCUACAGCCACACCGUCCAGCUUAUGAUGCCAAGGAGGGAGUUUGAGUUGUUCAAGCAAUUACUGGGAGAGCUUAAUGAGAAACAGACCACAAGGACAGAGUUUGUCCCCAGCAAACCCGUUGCCACGCCAAUGCCCCCAGCCCCCGCACCGGUUCCUCCUGCUCCCGCCCCCGCCAGGGUCCCCACGCCUCCACUGCCUCCUCCAGCCGCCGAGCCCACAAAGCUGGCCGCCGGCAGCAGCACAGUCAGCCGACAGAACAGCAAUGCAUCCAGCGACAUGGGCAGUGUCGCCAUGAGGGAGCAAAACAGCCAGAAACCUGCUGUUGCCGCUGGCAGCCGAAGGAAGUCGAACAUGGAGGAGGUCCAGGACGAGCUGAUGCACAGGCUGACGCUCGGUCGCAGCGCCCAGAAGAAGUUUCAGGGUCCCGCCCGCAGUGGCAGCAUGCCGUCGGUCAGCAUCACGUACGACUCGACACCAGAAGAGGUCAAAGCGUGGUUGGAGGCCAAAGGCUUCAGCCCCGUCACCAUCACCAGCCUCGGCGUGCUCACUGGCGCUCAGCUCUUCUCGCUCAACAAGGAGGAGCUGAGGACUGUUUGUCCUGACGACGGCGCCCGAGUCUUCAGUCAGGUCACCGUGCAGAAGGCGGCGCUCGAGGUUUUCUUCUGAGCCUCCUUUGAUCUUCUGAUUCUGUUACCACACUCAUUAAAGGUAUCGUGUUCAUGUAAAUGCAGCUUCAUUCUGUUGGCCAGAUUUAAGGAAACUGCAUGAGAUGGAGGACUCAUGUAGUAUUCAACAGGAGGUCCUCCAUGACUCAUGACAAAAUUAAGAUACUUAAUGGGAUUCAAGUAAACCCUUAAUUUUAUGUCCUCUCUGGGUACCAACAUGUUCCAGUAUCUGUUAGUACUAAUUUUUUUUUUUUUUAAAACUUGGUCAGAAGAUGUCAGGCUAACGCGAGACUUGUUCAUCCUGGCGUGAGGCGCAUGUUUGAGGGGUCUUAACUGGGACUUACCUGUCUUACUUUUGGAUUGUUGGCCCUUGGGUUAGGGAUCAUGGUCAAUAAACCACUUUAAGUUCAACAACAAAAAUUGAAUCAACAUUUACCAUUAUUGUGUCUUGCUCUUCUUCUUGACUUGGCCUUGCUGGUCUUGAUGUGGCCAUAGGUUUGGGACUGUUGGCGAUUUUGGACAGGUUUUGAAUUUAGAUUGUUGGACUCCUGUUUCUCUUAAUUAGUGACAUGACUUAGAAGCCAAAAGGGCCCAAGAUGCUGCAGCAACUGCUUCUUCUGUCGGACUUGUUGUUCUCAACUUAGGAAAAGUAUCCCAAGCUUAGGACUAGUUGGUCUUGAUUUGGGGGGAACAAGUCUUAAAAGAGUCUUAGUGCGUUAGACUUUUUUGAAUUUGGGUUGUUGAUAUUGGGGAGUUUUUUAUCUAACAGAACUUUCCCAUCAGCUCUCUUUACCCUUUUGGAUUUAUAGUCUAUAAUUAGCCCACAGAUGAAGACCAACAUUGACCGGUUGCACCGGGGGAUUUGUUCAUAUUGUCACAGGACUCCAGACUAGUUUCUUUUCUCAGAAUUCCUGAAUCUGGCCAUCAGAACGAGGCUCCAGAUGUUUCAUGUGUAGCAGCAUUUUUAAGGUAGUCAGCAUUAGGCUUCCUGCUGUGGCUGUGCACAAAGUCCUUCUUAAACUCCCUGAAUGAAGCAGCUCCCGAACAAUGCCCUUCCUGUUGACCUCUGACCCUCACCUGUUGCUAACUCACAGCCCCACCCUCCCAUAGAAACCUGGAUGUGUAGUAAUUUUCACCUUCUUUUGGUAAAAUGUGUAAACACAUUUUCCAUGUACGGAUCUGGGUUUCAGGACUUUCUCCAACACAUCAAUUGUUAGUUUUAGCUCAUAUUUUUAUUUUUUAAA